AUGGCUAUGACCAUGGACGGUAUGGAUUAUGACGAUGAAGAUGAGGCCCGACUUUUGCACGAUAACCAGGGCGAGCUCUUGGAUUAUGCAGAUGAACAGUUUCACGAUGAUGAUAUCGACGCUGCCAUCAUGGCUGUUCCAAAAGCCGUCCAUCAGUGCAAUGUUUGCAAUAAGAUAUUCGUGAAUAUUAAAGGGCUGCAUCAGCAUUCCGUGAUUCAUACUGACCAGAAGCCUUUCCAAUGCGAUAUAUGCGGAAAGAUGUUUCGAUUCAAAUCAAAUCUGUUCGAGCAUCGUUCGGUACACAGCGGUUUCACUCCUCAUGCCUGUCCAUAUUGUGGAAAGACCUGUCGCUUGAAAGGCAACCUCAAAAAGCAUCUGAAGACCCAUGUGAGCUCGAAGCAAGAGCUGGAGGCCGCAUGGAAGCCAUUUGCAAGCAACCGUCGCCCUCCGCAGGAUAUUCCUGACGAUGCCAUCAUCGUUAGGGGGUCUGGUGACCCGAUGUUCACUCCUCCUUCGAGGCAGAGGAUUUCGAGAAAGCUUGGCCUUGGCGAGACACCGCGUGUGUGGAUAGAGCGCAUCAAGAAGGGCGAUCUUCUGCCUUCGAUGAACAUUGAGGACAAGUUCCGCCGACUCGAUGACCUGAUGCGCCAGGCUGAGUUCAGCAGAUUUAGCAUAUCUGAUCUCUUUGAAUAUGCGAAGCCAAUUCCUUUCGAGAGGUUUGAUUGUCCGUUCUGUAAAAGCGUCUUCAUCACGUUGCGUGAAUGCUUGGAACAUAUGGAGCUCACGCAUCCCAAUAUGCGAGACGAGAAGAUUCUUUAUUGCAACACAUGCUUGAAACGCUUUGCCGACUUGAAAUCGAUGGAGCAGCACGAGAGCUAUCACAAACGGGUCAAUUUGCUGAUUGCGAACAACGAGUUGCACAUCCCCGAGCCCGAAAUCCUCGUCCCGGACAGUUCGAUGGCCGAUGGAGAGUACAUUGAUGAUGCACAGGAAUAUAUG